AUGAUAGAAUCACCUAUUGCCAAUGACUCUAUAACCAAUAAACAAGCAACCAAAAAGGAAUCUAUUUACCACACAUGUCGUUCAGUACUCAAUGCGCUUGAAUAUGUCGAUGGAUUUGAUAAAUUUAUGGUGGAUAUAAACAACCAAGAUAUCGCAGCGACUGAUCCAUUAACCAAGCUAUGGCACAUUUGCAAAGACGGAUCCAGCCUAUGUUAUCUAUACAAUACCUUGAAACCAGAUACUCCUAUUACCGUUAGUAAAAAUAACUCCUCGGCAGCCAACAAGUCGAAGGCGUGUGUAUACCAUUUCAUUAUUGCAUGUCGAGAUCAACUGCACUUUCCAGAAGACACAUUAUUUACGGUUACCGAACUAUUCCAGAACGAUACCAAUGGGUUUGUCAAGGUAGUGAACACAGUCAAGCGUAUUUUGGAUCUCUUGGAGGAACAGGGCAUAAUUCAUGUCGACACACUGACCGAGAGCACCUGCCUGACAUUUGAGUCGCCCAAAGACAUGAGAGACAACGUUGUGUUUGAACUACUGUCGACUGAAAGAAAAUACGUGCAAGAUUUGGAAUCAUUACAGAACUACAUGCGAGAGGUGUCAGCACAGGAAAUACUAUCGCAGGACACAAUGCACUUUUUGUUUGGCAAUCUGAAUGCUUUGGUGGACUUCCAGCGACGGUUUUUGAUCCAGAUCGAGGACCAAGCAGCACAUCCAUCCAAAGAACAGAGAUUCGGUCUUUUGUUCAAGCAAUUCGAGGAAGCAUUUUCGGUCUAUGAACCCUUCUGUGCCAAUUUCCAAAUUGCACAAGAUUUGGUGAUACAAGAAUCACACAAACUCCAGAAGCUAGCCAACAUCAUGUCGCCUACUUAUGAGCUACCAUCGAUGCUGAUCAAGCCCAUUCAGCGUGUGUGCAAAUACCCACUUUUACUGCAACAACUGGUCAAAGCGACACCAGAGGAUUGGCCGCAUUGCAAAGAGAACAAGUCGGGAUUAGAGGCAAUUCAGCGAGUGACAAAGAAGGUCAAUGAGACUAAGCGAUUACAAGAGAACCAGCUUGUUGUGCAAGAUCUAAAAAAACGCAUUGUGGAUGACACAACAAGCAGCCCAACCAUCAUUGUGGAGAGCGCUGGCUCAUUAUUACUCCAUGACAAAUUCACGUUACAGCGCCAUGACAAUGACCACAGCAGGGAAAUGCUAGUGUUUUUGUUUCAAAAGGUCAUUCUCAUCUGCAAGGAAAUUAAGGAUGUGAACAAGAAUGCAAUCACAAUUAAGAAAAAGAGAAAGGAAGGAUCUCUGGUGCUUAGAGGCAAGGUAUUUUUAUCUCGUAUUGAGCAUGUUAAAGGAUCAUCUAGCCAAAAUGGUCAUUACACUCUACAUUUGUCUUGGAUGGAGGGUGAGGCUCAGAACAUAUUGCUCAAGUGUCGAAACGACGAGCAGUUGAGGCAGUGGCUGGGUGUCAUUAUUGAGUUGAAAGAAUCCACCACCAAGGUAGACCUGAUUUCUGCACCACAGACACCGCGCAUGGAGACAAACAACCCUCUGCUCCAUUACGAUGAGGACGAGGAGGACUACUAUGAAGGUGAAUUAUCACUAAACAACAGCGAAGAUGAAGAAAACGCUUCAGCAAAUAGUCCCUUAUUUAUGAGGAAUCGAUCCUACAGCUACCAACAUCACAGGUAUCCAAAUGAAGUGUCCAGCAGAAAGGCAUCUCUCUCCAACAACAGCACGGUUCGUCAUUUUAUGAAUGGUGUGCCUGGAAUGACAUUACCUCCUUUACCAAGAUCACCUACACAUGUACCUGCUCCAAGCAAUGCAAGUGUAUCUACAGUCCAUUCGACUGAAUCGGCGCUCUAUUCCCCAUCUAAUUUAUCCUUCCCAUCAUCACCGCCUACAAGUUAUCCUCCUUCUCCUACAUCCAAUAAUAACACGGAUAAUAGCAACAACACAGCAAAUGGCACAAAUGGCAUUUUGCCAUCAGGAGCACUCUGGCAAAGAAGACAACAGCAACAACAACAGCAACAACUAGACAGCGAUGACGCUACAGUCAUCUCUAACAACAGUAGCAGCAGCCAGUCUCAUCAUGUCCGAGCAAGAUCGCAAAGCAGCCCCAAUAUCCAGAGACCCAUCCACUACCACAACACAGCACCCGAAUUACCUACGUUGAACAGUAUUAUUCAGGAAAGCAAGAGAAAAAGCAACGGCUAUAGAUACGAACUACCAACCGCACCCACAACGCCAUCUCCCUUAUUAUCCAACCAGCAGGACAUUACAAAGGUAAAGGUGCACUACUUUGGUGCAAUUUACGUCGUAGUGGUUCCAACAGACAUUGAAUUCGAGGAACUCCAACGUCGUAUUGAAAGUAAAAUUAAGCUGUGCGGUCAGGAAUUUGAAACCUCCGUGUUAGGUUUAAAAUACGAAGACGAGGAUGGUGAUCUUAUUACUAUCAGUUCAUCCGAAGAUGUGCAAAUGGGAUUUGAAAACAAAGGACCAAACAAUGCAGUGAAUCUCUAUGUCACAUCUUGA